CACGGCCUCAACCGUACUCAGGCCGAGCGCUACAGCCGCCACCUGCUGCUGCCUUCCUUCGGAGUAGCGGCUCAGGAGCGACUAUGUCGCGGCUCGGUGCUGGUGGUGGGUUGCGGGGGACUGGGGUCGCCGGUGGCCAUGUACCUGGCGGCGGCGGGAGUGGGUCGCCUGGGCCUUGUGGACCAUGAUACGGUGGACGUCACCAACCUGCACCGCCAGGUCCUCCACGCCACCAGCCGCGUGGGGAUACACAAGGCGGUGUCCGGGCGGAUCACGUGCGCCGCCAUUAACCCGACCAUAGAGAUUGUGGCCCACACUGCGGGUUUUUCCCCCGCCACCGCCCUGGGGUUAGUGGAUGCGUACGACGUGGUGGUGGACGCGUCGGACAACCCUGCCACCCGCUACCUCGUGAGUGAUGCCUGUGUGGUGUCCGGCAAGCCACUGGUGUCAGCCGCGGCGGUUGGUACGGAUGGACAACUCACAGUGUACAACUAUGGAGAUGGUCCUUGCUACCGGUGUUUGUUUCCCGAGUCGCCGGCUCCUGAGAACUGCAGUCGCUGCGGGGAGGCCGGGGUGCUGGGGGUGGUGCCCGGGGUGAUGGGCUGCCUGCAGGCUCUGGAGGUCAUCAAGAUUCUAGGUCGCGUGGGUGACGUCAGCUCCAAGAAGUUGACCAUUUUUGACGCACUGGCAGGUCGCUUCACAACAGUGCGGCUCCGGAACCGUAACCCGGCGUGUGUCGCCUGCGGCACCUCCCCCGCCAUCACCCGCGGCAGCCUGCCGUCGUACGACUACGUGGCCUUCACCGGUCAGCCGCCGGACGACGGACCGCCCGAGGACGUCAGGCUCAUUGACCCACGGGUCAGAUUGGAGCCGCACCAGCGGAGGCGGACGACGGCGACGACGGUGUUCCUGGAUGUGCGGCCUAAGACGCAGUACGACGUCAUGGCGCUGCCAGGCGUCGUACAUGUGCCGUACGAGCGCUUCGAGGAGCGAUUACCGGAGGUGUUGGCGUUGAUCGCGGUGGGUGGGGGGUUUGCUCCCGGGGCACGUACCCCGACCCCCCGUGUGGUGGUGUUAUGUCGGCGAGGUAACAACUCCCAGCGUGUGGUGGCGAGGCUGGCGGGGGUGCUGGGGGCGGAGGGGGUGACCGACAUGCUGGGCGGGUACGCGGCCUGGGCGCGGGAGGUGGACCCGGAUAUGCCGCUGCUGUAG